CACCUCGAGAACUAUUUAUGUUGCAAGAAAUUGAAAUUUUAUUUACACGUACGUGAUCGCUUCGAUAAAGAAAGAGUCAUCUUAAAUUUUUGACCGUCCACUGUACAGUCAUGAACAAAGUAGAGUUUGCUGUUUGUCGAAUCAAAGAAAAGCUUCCCGGGAAUCAAGGUUUUGCGACAAAGGGAAGUGGCUGUGUUGUUCACAGUGAGUCGCUUACUUCUUCGUGGGGUUGGAAAUGCCAUUAUUUCAUUGUUACUCCAAGCGUCGUGCUGUGUCGGGAAGAUCUAGCUUCAAACAAGGUCUUUUUGGCAGAAUUCCUGAGCAAAGAUAAACGAGGAUUAGAAACAUUUGAGAUUAAGCAAAUGGCCGAAGUUUGUAAGGAUGUUGUUGGUCGGCGUUUGGAUAGUGCUGACCUCGAUCUAUAUCUGACCUUUUUAUCUGUAGAACCGUUAGACAAGCGUGGAUUUCUGAAAAGAAUGGUCAAGAAAGGCAGUUUGCAAACCUACCGACCACUGGAAAGCUUGGAAUCCGAAAAUAAAACGACAGAAGAACUUACUGAAGGAUUAUUUUGCCAUGUCAUCGUUGACCUUUUCAGUGAUCAAGAAUCCACAAACUCGCCAUUCACAACUCAAACUUACAAACUUGUUUAUGAUUUCCAGACUCGCGAGUUUAGCCUUCAAGACUUUGGCGGAACGUUGAUACAUUUCAACAACGAAAUACCUCCAAUUGGCGCUGUCGUUUUCACCAAGAAAGGUGAAUUCGCCGGUCUCCUGCGGAACUUUUCAAGUGACUGGGUGACAGCGAUCUUUUUGCCUCAGCCCUUCAAAGAAGGUAUAAUUACCCUUUGCUCUCAAAAUCAGUGAUAUCGUGCGAUAAUUGUUUUGAAUCCGAGCCUGCCAUUUAAAUGAUUGUGUUUUAAGUACAGUUUUAAUGACUUGUUUUGGAGUAAUCUUGCUUUAAUAUGUAUAACACACCGCAAUUGAAAUAUUGUGAUUUGUGAUGUUAAUAGUCUUGGUCAGCAAUAUUAUCUAGAACUUUCCCGCAAUAUUUGCCAACAGAAACUUUAAGCGCUUAAGUUCCCCGAUUGAACCUUAUUUUUAGAGGUUUUGUGGUUAAGUUUGGAAUAAUUUCCUGCGUAUAAUGGUGCCCAUGCAGCUGUAUUUUGCAGAACACUUAUUGGCUGAUUUAUGAUUUUAUGUAAACACACUGCCUUUCGUGAUGUUUUCAUAACCCACUGCGUUCACCAAUUUUUAUUCCCUGAGGGUGCAUGAAGUGUGAAAGUUUAAAUGUUUUGAUUUCCUCUUUCUUCUUUGCCUUUCUUUUCCGACAUGCCAGGCUAUAAAAAAAAUUAAAUGAAUGAAAAAUAACAAUAAAAUUAUUCCAGCUAAAGGAAAUUGGAACCUCAACAUUCUAACCAACUUAGUACAUUGUUUAUUCUGAACUUUGGAAUUAGUACAUUUUAAUAAUAAUAUUGAUUUUUGUUUUAGAGGAUGGUGAGAGAGAUGUCACAGCAUUAAGCACUAGAGAUGAAACAAGUGUUGAAAUUAAUGGAGAUGUAACAUCAGAAAUUACCUUGAAACAGGAAAUUCAACUUGAAUCCCAUUCUACCAAGUUAGUUGAUGACACCCCCCAUGCUGAAGGAUAUUUUGAAGAUGUUUUUCCACAGAAAAAUAACAAUUUGUCACGACCUACUGAUAAUGAUGUUGAAAGAGGGAACAAUAAUUAUCCUAACAGCAGGGAUGUUAUCCAAAAUGGAUGUGAUGAUAGAGCAGGGAGACAAGACAACAGUGGUGUGCUUGUGGUCAAGCAGUUUCAAGAAUGUCCAGAAAAUCUUAUUCCUGGUAAUAGAACUGAAAAUGUCGAAACUGAGAUGUUGUUAUUGUCUACAGACAACACAGCUGAAGUUAAAGAAUGUGAAGAGAAAGGUGGAUCAGGUUUUUUUGAUGAGACAGUGAACAAUAAUUAUUCUGAUGCAGUGAAAGAUAUCCAGAAAAAGGCAGGAGACUCUGGUGAGAAGCAAGUGAGCUGUGAUAGGCCAGGAAAAGCAUCUGUGGAGACAACAGUUCAGGAGGAGGGGCAGGUACUUGUUUGCAAGACAGCCGAAGGUGAUGAUACAAUAAAAAGUGCAAGUGAUGUGCCAGAAAGGUUCUCUGAUGUAGAAGUAGAUCCUUACAUGGAGGAAGAACCUUUAGGCCAUCUGGAUAAGCAAGAGACUAGUGUACUGGUACAUGAUGGAGACCCUUGUUCACUUGAAAAUGGCUCAAGUGCCAUAGAGGAGCUUCCAGAAGAAUCCCACAGGGCGGUAAAAGCUGCUGAUUGUGAAGCCAGCUUGUCAGAUUCAACUGAGACUGCAACACAUGGUGGUGGAGUUGAAGUAGCAGAUGAGUCAACGUCCAGGGAGAGCAUCACAGGACAUGACAGCAGUUUAAUAACUGUCGUCCAAGGUAUCACUUGUUUUGUUAUUCUUACAAAUUUCAGAAAAAUGUGUGCAUUUAGCAGCAAAAUAAUAACCAGCAAUUAGAUAAUAGUAUCCUUGCAAGGUACAAACAAUAUAGCAGAUGCCCAAAUGACAACUUUCUUGUGUAGAAAAAAUAAAAUAAUGUCUUCUAAAAUAAUGUCUUGUUCAAAUGAUUGUAUGACUGCAUGGUGUCAUGUGUGAUUUAGUCAGUUGCUAUUUCUUAAAUGGACGGAAGCUGUGUUCUUUGACUAUCCUGAGCGUAUUUGACCACUGUUGAACAUUUAGUUGAAUACACCUCUGGUAAUCAAGGAGUUGGUCAUUUUUCCCUCCCGUUUUGUAGAUAAGAUCUGUUCUCAGGUGAAACCCCUAGUCAACCUAGCUUUCAACUUCAAAUGUCCUUUGUUUCCAAGCUCUAAAUAAUUAUUCAUAGCAGAUAAAGGAAUUUUGUUUUAUUGUGAGAACAGAUUUACCUACAUUAGAUACCUGACAUUAUCUGGUCAGUAGGGUGUCAUCAUACAGACUUAUUUCACUGUAAUAGUAAUCAAAGAUCAAUGAAUAGGCCACUUCUGAGUUCCAAGAACCCUCAUUUUCAAAUUGAGUUCCAAAGAACCAUAUCAAAGGCUUUUCAAAAUUUUGAUACAGAGGCCCGGGGAAACUCCGAAAUGGUGCAUUUAAUUUCGCUCAUUUUAAUCUAAUGUAUUGCCGCCCACCUAAACUUUUCCUCCCUCUGCUCUAUUUUUUCUGGAGAACCCUGGUAUCCCCCUGCGCCCCUGGGUAUCAUUUGUCCAGGUUGAAAAAAUUCUUAGGUUAUGCUAGGGCAUCCACUACUCUUGAUAGAUUCAAGAUAAAUUUGAUUAGAUUCUCUUUCAUUUUUUUGCAUUUUGCUUUAGUAAUAUUUUUGUGAUUGCAAGGUAGUUACACAAUAUUUGUUUAGUUGUAAAAAAAGGAAUGAAAAACCGGUACUGCUCUUUUGUAUGUGUUGAAACAUUAGUUACGCCAUUAUAUUGAUUACAAUGGAUGUAUGUUGCUUUUAGUGGACGGAACAUUUCUACCAGUGGAAACCAACAAAAGUAAAGAACAAGGAGAGCUUGAUGACUCUGAAACAAUUGUUUCAGAAAAGGUACCUUUAGAGAGUAAAGGUGUGUCUACAACAGAACAACCAGGCAUAUCUGGGGAACAGUCAACUUCAUGUUUUUCUGAUGAGGAUGAUGGACAGAUUACAGACCUCAAGAAAGAUACAUGUAUUCCUGCAGUUAAUCCAGGUGUCAUCUUUGAAGACAUUCAAGUGAGUGCAAACACAAAAACAGAAGGUGCAAGUGAAACAUAUUCUGCCCAGAUGCCUGGUAUCGCUGUGGAGGCAAGUGACAUUGAUAAUCUGGUUGGUACAAAACCAGAAGAUUCAUGUGAGACAGAUUCUACUCAGAUGCCUGGUAACAUUGUUGAUAUUGAGCCAGAUGAUGUUUAUAAUCUGAUCUCUGCAAAGCCAGAAGAUGCAACUGAAACAGAUUCUUCCCAGAUGCCUUGUAGCACUGGUGAUAUUGAGGCAGGUGACAUUGGUAAUCUGGUCGGUGCAAAGCCAGAAGAUGCAAGAGAAACAGAUCCUACCCAGAUGCCUGGUAGCAGCGCUGUUGAUAUUGAGGCAGGUGACAUUGAUAAUCUGGUUGGUGCAAAGCCAGAAGAUACAAGUGAAACAGAUCCUACCCAGAUGCCUGCUGGUAGCAUUGUUGAUAUUGAGACAGGUGAUGUUGAUAAUCUGGUCGGUGCAAAGCCAGAAGAUGCAAGAGAAACAGAUCCUACCCAGAUGCCUGGUAGCAGCGCUGUUGAUAUUGAGGCAGGUGACAUUGAUAAUCUGGUCUGUGCAAAGCCAGAAGAUGCAAGUGAAACAGAUCCUACCCAGAUGCCUGCUGGUAGCAUUGUUGAUAUUGAGACAGGUGAUGUUGAUAAUCUGGUCGGUGCAAAGCCAGAAGAUGCAAGUGAAACAGAUCCUACCCAGAUGCCUGGUAGCAGCGCUGUUGAUAUUGAGGCAGGUGACAUUGAUAAUCUGGUCGGUGCAAAGCCAGAAGAUACAAGUGAAACAGAUCCUACCCAGAUGCCUGCUGGUAGCAUUGUUGAUAUUGAGACAGGUGAUGUUGAUAAUCUGGUCGGUGCAAAGCCAGAAGAUGCAAGUGAAACAGAUCCUACCCAGAUGCCUGGUAGCAGCGCUGUUGAUAUUGAGGCAGGUGACAUUGAUAAUCUGGUCGGUGCAAAGCCAGAAGAUACAAGUGAAACAGAUCCUACCCAGAUGCCUGCUGGUAGCAUUGUUGAUAUUGAGACAGGUGAUGUUGAUAAUCUGGUCGGUGCAAAGCCAGAAGAUGCAAGAGAAACAGAUCCUACCCAGAUGCCUGGUAGCAGCGCUGUUGAUAUUGAGGCAGGUGACAUUGAUAAUCUGGUCGGUGCAAAGCCAGAAGAUACAAGUGAAAAAGAUCCUACCCAGAUGCCUGCUGGUAGCAUUGUUGAUAUUGAGACAGGUGAUGUUGAUAAUCUGGUCGGUGCAAAGCCAGAAGAUACAAGUGAAACAGAUCCUACCCAGAUGCCUGCUGGUAGCAUUGUUGAUAUUAAGGCAGGUGACAUUGAUAAUCUGGUCAGUGCAAAGCCAGGAGAUUCAAAUAUCAUGGAUAUUGGGUCAGGUGAUGUUGACAAUCUGGUCAUUGCAAAGCCAGAAGAUGCAAGUGAGACAGAUUCUACCCAGAUGCCUGGCAGCACUAACAUAGCUAUGUGUAUUGAAACAAGUGAACAGGUUUCUGGUGGGUUGGAAUUAGUCACACAGGGCAACCAAGAAUUUACUCGCAUUUCUGAAGUGACAGUCAAUACCUCACAUGACAGUUUGGAUGUUUCUGUUUGUAAUACUUCUGCAAUUGAGGAUAUUACUGAAAUAGGUUUAAAAGAUGAUAGUAAUUUGAAAGAGGACAGUUGCAGCCGUGAAAGUGUACUUGAAAAAACAAACGGAAAGGGUUCUUUAAUCGACACUUCACAAAUCAUAGAAAAAAGUGGUAGUGGACAACCUUUGCAUGAAAAUGAAUUUGAAGAAAUAGCUGACACUGAUGAUCACAAUCUGAAAGGAGAUAAUCAGGGCUGUGAUGAUGUGGUCACAAAUCUUCAUGAGAAAGAUAAUUCAAUUGACAUUUCACAAACAGCGGAAUCAAACAGUUUUGGAGAAUUAAAUGGCCAACUUGGAGAACCCAGUGUGGUUGAGAAUGACGUGAGAACACAUGAGGAUUGGAUUGAUAGUGAGGGUGAAAAUAAUGUGGAAAAUGUAUCAGGUGAGACUAAGAAUGUAAGUGAACAAUCUGAACUUGCAAGUAUUGUGGAACAUUGUUCUCAGAAGUUAAACAGUAUUCAAACCAGAGAAGAUAAUGAGAAAGUUUUGAUGCAUGAAGAAGUAAAUAACAAAGUAACUGAACAUGAAAGUGACAUCACAGAAACAACUGGAGUCAGUGAGGAAUAUGCUGACAAAGAGAGGAUUUCAUUUAAAAAGACAUCUACUGAGUAUAAUGACAACCAUGCAGAUAAGGAAUUCCUUGAGGAUUCAUCACCAUCUGAGGAUACUGUUGCUGUGCAAAGAGUAGAUGCAGGUAUUGAAAAUAAAUUACAUUUGUACUUAAGUGCACUCCACUCCAGUAUAACCUUGAAAGAAGACAUUUUAUUUACCGGUAGUUAGUUUUAGGUAAAUUCUUUGGCCACCGAGGGCUGCUUGAGCACUGCCCUGAGCUAACAGAAAAUGUACCCAGUCUUAAAAACACAGAGAUAUGCCAAAAUUCAAAGACCCUUUUCAUUGAGCAAUUAUGUGACAGUCAUUUUCCAAAAUUUCAUUCAGACCUGUCCAAGGGCUAAACAGCUUGGAGUUGAAAGCACUGUAUUAAUCACAAGAAAAUUCAGUUAUUCAGGUGAAAAUAUUCCAUGUGAAAAGCAGGUUUAGUUCCAGCUUUAUUUCCAGCAGUCUAAACGUACAUUGCAUACAUGUAUUUCGGUUUUAUCAUUGCAUUGGAACAAUUGUUUUUUUCUUAGCAUGUACUGACAAUGAAUUGAGCAAACAACAAUAUGAGUUGAUCAUUAGUUAUGAAUGUUCUUUCAGAUGCUCUUCUUUCUGAAACUAUUACAAACAGCCCCCACAUUCUGAGAGAUUUAGGAUCCUGUUUAGAUACUGAAUACCAGUAUGGUAAAGUACCAUGUUGGAGAGACCUGGCAGAACUUUUGGCCAUUUCUCCAGAGGACUAUGAAGAUUGCACCACCUUCUCGCUGACAAGCCCGACUGAGGAUUUGUUUGUGUUCCUGUCAGCAACAAAACCUCAACUUACAAUUCAGGAAAUUAAGGAGGCACUGAAAGAAAUCGACAGGCUUGAUGUGGCUCAUCUUCUUGAUAGGAAGAUUGCAGGUUGGUCUCUUGAGUGAAAACAAAGAAAGCAGAAAUAAUAAGACUCAGUCACUGAGGAUCAUAAAAAAUUUGUCUGGUUUCCAAAGACACAAUUAUCAUGAAUGAACCUGCACACUUUUUUUUGUAGAGGAGGGACCCAAUGUCUGCCAAUAGCUAAUCAUUAUUUUACACCCUUCCUGCCCACGUUAUUUCCUAGUAACAUCAACCACCUGGAUCCUUCCAUGUAAUCCUUCAGACCCAGUGGUAGCAAUUUCAGUUUUGAGGCUUGUAGGUGUUCACUUGGCCAUGAAAUAAAAAUACUUUUUGGUCUGAUGGCUUCAUUUAGGAAUGGUCUGGACCCCAUUCCCCUUGAUCCACCACAGUGUGGCCAGAAAACAUUCUUACUGAUGCGGUAUAGAAUAUACACAUAUUUGUUGUAAGACUCAUGAUACAACUAAUUAGGCCCUUUACAGAACAAUAUUUUUUUGUCACAUGCUUGGAUACCAGUCGGCAACAGUGGAUGGCACGCCAUGUAAGUGUUCAUUCAGAUCGCAAAGCUUUGAGUGUCGUCCAUUGAAGUAUUCCUAGUUUAAUUAUUCUGUUGAAGACUUACAAGACGUUUGAAUCAACAUUGGAAGGCUUCACCUGAUUGUACUCAAAGCUUUGUGAGCCAUUGCUAACUGGUAUCCAAGCACUUUACAAAGUUCUGCGAAGGGCCCAUUUUCUCUUCGGCUUCUGAUUACUGGCUAAGUGGGCCUUGUUCCAUAAAACCAUUUAAUGCUAAUUUAAUCUUUUUUUUGUGAUGGCCUACAGUUAACUGACAGUUGAUUGGAAGCUUAUGUUAAACAUGUUAAAAGGACAUCUGUUACGCCUUAAGGAACACAUUUUUUGUGUGUCAGGAGUUGACUUAUUCAAUCAAUUUGUUACUUUUUGUUAGUGUAACAAAGGUGAUGAUACUUUUAUUGCUAGGUGGUCUCAUCAGGGAAGAAAGUAUUCUUGGCAAUCUGGUUGAGAGAGAUGACACUGGUAUUCUGGGCCGCAUGGCAAUGAAACUUGACAGAACGAAGACAAACAACUGGAAAGAUCUUGCACUUCAACUGUGUGUACCACCCCGUGUGCUGAGGAACUUUGGGUCUCGUCAGGGGCAUAAUCCAGCCUUAAUGUUGUUCAAGUAUAUUCCAAUAUUUGAUCCAGAUGUGACACUGGAUCACCUUAAAGGCUGUCUGACCUCAAUUGAAAGACAAGAUGCUGUGGCAGUUUUAGAAAAAGCCAGCGUACCAGGUAUUACAAAUAAGUAAACUUUUAUGUCAUAUUGAGUAGGUCAAAACAAAUUAAUUCUUGUCAUUGCUUUUUACUUAUGUUUGAGCCUGCACCACAGACGGAACUCAGUAAAAUUCUGGCUCAGUCCUUCUGCCAAACAGUACGGAAAUCCUUGUUUUGGGCCCCUCCCUGUGUACCAGGAUUUGAGUACGUGCCAUGAUUGACGUGUUGAAAAGCCAGUGCCGAUUUGCCAAUUUGGUUUAAGGGAGAUUCAAUACACAUUUCCGUUUGGUGCCCAGAACAAGGGUAUCGGAUUCAGUCUACUUCAAAGACGUUACUAACCGGCAUGAGAUUGUUUUCAGGUAAUGGAAAUUAAGGAAUCUUUAAGGAUUCCUUUUUGCUGACUGUUUGUUUUACAUUUGAAGGAGAUGAGCCUGUCAAAGACAUUCUUGAUGAUUCAGAUCUACUUGAUCGAAUAACCGACAUGUUGAAUGAUGACUCUACCCAUCAUUGGAGACACCUUGCGAGGGCACUCAAAAUUCCACCUGAAAAAUGCAAGAUCUUUGAACCAACAGAAGAGAAUAACAGUGCGACCAAAUUGUUGUUCAAAAGCAUUGAGAAGUGCGAGCCAGAUUUGACAUUUGAAGAACUUGUACUAGCCCUUGUAGCUAUGAAAAGACAAGAUGUGUUAGAUGUCCUUCAAAAAUAUUUUUCAAGUAAGUUUAAUUUUCUAAUUUGAAAUCCUAUGCAUGAGUGCCCGGUUACUUUCAUAGGCAGGCUAUCAGUAAGAAACCUUGGCACUCUUUUUACUUUUAUGUGGGAUUUAUUUUGUUUUACAUCACAAAUAAUAAGCCUUUUUGUGGAAAACAUUUAUUUCUGGUAGUUAUCUUCAAGUUCAAAUUAUUGCUUUACCCCUGUAAGUCGAUUAAUCCUUCAUCGUCACUUCAUAAUGAAGCGUAAAUAUCAUGAAAAUGAAGGAAGUGGUCAUCAAAGAUAAUAGUCUUUAUUUAUAAAAAUUCUUGUGUUUAGAAAUGUAUGUUUCCCAACCAUUCGAUAGAUUUCACCAAUAUAUCAUGACUAGGAAAAAUUCCAGAAUCUAUCCCAGCAGUCAUUUCGAUUUGUGAUGUUGGGCAGGGGACGGGAGGGAGGGAGAGGAGCUGAAGUAAGGUCAAUAGAGGAUUGGUAUCUAGCUUGAACUUUUGCUGACUGAUUGCUAUCAUUCCCAUUGGUCAAAAUUUAUUUAUUGGUGACCAUCGCGCAAACGUGAAACAGGUUGCUGGACAAAAUUGAAAAAGUUCCAAAUUUCUUUGACUCCUUUCUGGCCAGAUGAUUGGGGUUGUCUUCUCCUUAGUGGGCAAAAUCGUCGUGCUCAAGCCUACAAAAUCCGGAGCAAUUGGGAAACUAUAAAAUCCCCGAUCAUCUGGGAUUUUCCUUAACGCCAGGCAUAAAGUGUUUAGGCAGCGAAGGACACUCUAUUGGUUCAACUAACAGAUGCAUUGUUAGUUUUCGUUUUUUGAAUUUCAUUGAUCCAGUGAUCUUUUCAUUAUAUCAAGUGUACAUGUUGAUAAUAAGACUAUGUUUGUACACCAGGUGAUGAUAUUGAUCAGAUUUUGGAAGAGAACAAUCUCCUUACACCAGCAGAAGAUCCGUUAGUGGACCAGAAGAAAAUCUAGCGUUGUUCUCUUGGAAAAGAGAAGUAAAGAAUGCCGCAAAGUUACCUACUUGCAAAGGCCUCUUAUCCCUCUUUGGAACAUGAGGUGGGCCUCUGUCAGCAUGGAAGCAACAAAGGGAUUUCUUGUGUGAAGUUUGAAUGUAGGAUGUAAUGUUCUUAUUAUACCAGUGGCAUCUGAAUUAUGAUACACACAAAGGAAACUUUCAUGUUGAAAAUGCUAAAUGAUCUCGAUACAUUAUUGUAUCUUCUAUUUAAAAAAAUUGAUGAAGCAGGAAAAUUGUAUUUUCAAUAGCCCCUCUACAUUUAGACUAAUUUUAGGUAUUCAGUAUGACGCCAUUAAGGACCCUUUAUUACAGACCACCUGUUUGCACCCCCUUUUUGAACGACGUUUCUUACAAUCUUGCUGUGACAACAUCAGAAUAAAGUAUUUCGUUUCGUGUAUUCGAAGGGGGCAGAAGGCAAACCAUUGUUGCUCGGAGUAUCUCUGGAAGGUCGUAAUUGUUUACCAGUAGGCUGAUUUAACGUGAACGUCUGUUGACGACGGUGCGCGCAAAUCAAACAACUGGCUUGACCGUUAGCAGAGCAGCAAAUUGAGCACCGGAAGUCGUGUUUAGUCCUUUCCGCGCGCUUUCCCGUCUUCAACUGACGUUUCCGUCCUGUUGCUAAACCAGCCUAGUAGGAUGCUUAAAAUGUUUGCAAUUCUACAAUUAGUUUCGGCUCCAUUGUUGCCGGCUUGACCAUUUAAAUUUUUGCAAGGUACACAAGAUGCUUCAAAGGUUUUGCCUCUAUACUGAACACGCGCAUAGAACGGAUGAAACCUUGGCUGAUAGUUAUUCAAUUUUGUGAAACUUUCGUUGACAGUGAACAGUACCUGUGUGGUCUUUUCAUAAAAAUAUUUCAUCAAGUGUGAUUAAUAUCUAGGAAGUCUAAUUUGGUCAAAAGAAAGCCACGAAUCAUUAUUUAAUUAUCAAUUUAUUUAGACGUGCUAUGUAAGUUAUAGAGAUACAUGUAUUAAUUAGGACCUUAUUAAACUAAUUUGUUGUAUAUAUUUUGAAGGCUUUUUCAAAAGGUUCAGGAGUAAUUCCAAGGAUAUGUACAAAUAUUUAGUGAUCUUGUAGACAUUCAAUGGCUGUAUUUAUUGUUAUAAACAUUUUGUAUAUGAUAAUACAGUAGUUUUGUAAAGUAUCUUUGCUUAUUAAGUGAUUGGUUGUUUGAAAGGGCUGAAAUAUAUCACUUAAAAGUACACAUCAGCCACAAAAAGGUAAGACAGGAAGCGAAAAGUGACCACCCGCUGUUUAGGCCAGCCAAUAGUUGUGGGCUCAUCAGCUUUCAGGCUCGAACGCUUGCAUUACUAGAUUUAUCUCGUCACGCAACACUCCUCAGGGUAUUGCUUGACGAAACAAUCAGUUUUCAAGACAGUGACUGCAGCUUCUUAAAAAAAAAACAGGUUUUACUCUUCUAUUGACGGCAAAGAAAAGCCUUUGUUGCGUUUUCUUACUCGUUAUCAUCGCCGUCCUGAUUGCUUGAACUCGCGGCUUGUUUUCGUUCAAGCAAGUUUUUUUUUUCUUCUUAGGCUGCCUCCCUCUUUCUUCGCGUUUCCUUCUCUCUCCUUACUAAGUCUGGGCGAGACUGCUCACAGUCUACAUCUUUUUUUUCAGUAAACGUAGUGUGUGAGUUAAUUUAUUUUACCGUUCUAAUUUAAAUCAGGGUUGGUACAGAGAAUCCAAUUCUCGAAAAAUUUCUUGAAAUUUGCCCAGCAACUUUCCAGACCUGGAAAAAGUCUUGAAAAUAGAGAUAUAGUCUGGAAAAAUAGUGCAAAGUCUAGAGUUUUUUUUAUAUUUUUUUUUCAAAGCUACAACAAGUGCUUAACAAGUGAAUUUUUUCCCCGUGGUCAAAUCUCAUUCAAUAACAGAAUGAGAAGUUUCAUAAUUCUCUUAUGUCCGCAUUGCAUCGUGGUUACCGUACGUUUGCAGUACAUCAUGAAAAAAGCUUGGUUCUUGCGUUUUUCAAGGUCUCUAUUGAUCACCUAUUUGUUUAUAACCUUGAGUUUGGAAACUAAGUAUUGUUUUGGAAAAAGUCUUGAAGUUUGGAUCCAGAAAUCUGUACGAACCCUGCUAAAUGCAAUUCUCUGUUUACAACAGAUGUCUAAUCUCAUACGAUUGCAAUGUACCAUUAAAGUUCGUUAUUAAAAUUGAUCAAUCGAGUGUCUGUACUUGGAUAGAACUUGUAGUUCCUUGUCAGUUGUCGUUUAUAUGAGCAACAGCAGGAUACUCACCAUCAGUUUUUUUUCCAUGACUUCUGCAAGGUCCAUCAUAUCUCCAUCUUCGCAUGACUUUGAAAACCUACGCUUUGACUCUUUUUAUAACAUGAGCACAGGUUGUUGAAGUGUCAACAACGAGUAGGGGAUUUUCUCAGUACUAUAAAGUAAUACUGUUGCGUCAGUCAACGCCAUUUUGGCGGGAAAAUGUGAUAGCCGUCGUCAUUCUACUACGAGUUUUAACGAAAAUGUCGUAGACUAUCGUAGGCGGGGGUGGGAAAAAGUUAUCACCGGGAGUGGGUAUGGCUAAACCUUCUCUAAUAAAAUUAACCGCCCUAUUUUUGCAGGUGAAAAAUAGUGCAAUGAAGCUUUCCGGGUUUAAUAUUUUCGAGAAUUCGGGAAAAAACUUCCAGUUAAAUCUUUUACUCGUAGUCGUCUUCGUCCUCGAGCUCAAAUCUAAAGCUCUCUAUUAAAUGGGGAGAAGGUGCCGAGAGCUCCAUUACAUAACCCUUAAGGUUUGGAACGAUGCCACACAGGGACUGGGCACAGAGGAGCUAGAUAAACACGAUCCAAACAGAUUUGGAGACUAAGACGAAAGGCUGGUUUUCACUAGCGACAGAGUCGGAGUCGGAGUCGUAAUCAGAAGCGUCGAGCUCAUGAACUAGUGAAAACAGCGUUCCGAUUUCGCUUACGACUCCGUCGCUUACGUUCCACUUAUGAUCUAGUGAAAACCACAUUGUCGGAGUCGGAAGCAGAAGCAGAAGAACCAAACCAAUCACAAAGCGUGGGAACGUGCAUUCUGAUUGGCUUAUCCUUCCGCUUCUGCUUCCGACUCCGACAAUCUGGGGCGCUUUCCAUUUACUCAAAAUUUCCGGAAUUUCCGGUUCGGCGGUAAAUGGAACACGUUUCGUCGGUUCGUCCCACUGGAAAAUUCCCAGAAAAAGUGGAAAAUCUAAAAAGGUGGUCCCGUUUUCACGGUUGGAAUUUCCGAACGGAAUCUCGUGUUCCAUUUACGUUUCUCGUAGUUUGUACCAGUUCCAGGUCCACGGUCGGGCACCGCCACGUACCGGGGUUUACGACCAAAUGGAACAACUUUUUACCAAUCGGAAAUUCCACUUUUGCUACCACCGAAAUUUCCGGGUUUUUUUCCUAAAUGGAAAGCGCCCCUGGUUUUCACUAGAUGAUAAGCGGAACAUAAGCGACGGAGUCGUAAGCGGAGUCGGAAGAAAAUGGAAACGUUCUGAUUCUUCUGACUCCGAUUCCGUCGCGCUUAUGACUCCGCUUACAACUCCGAUUUUUUAUUUUCACUGGGUCAUAAGCGCUCUUAAGGCUUGUUUUCACUAGCGAAGGAGUCGGAGUCGGAGUCGUAAUCAGAAGCGUCGAGCUUAUGAACUAGUGAAAACAGCGUUCCGAUUCCGCUUACGACUCCGUCGCUUACGUUCCGCUUAUGAUCUAGUGAAAGCCAGAUUGUCGGAGUCGGAAGGAGAAGCAGAAGAACCAACCAAUCACAAAGCGUGGGAAAGUGCAUUCUGAUUGGCUUAUCCUUCCGCUUCUGCUUCCGACUCCGACAAUCUAGUUUUCACUAGAUCAUAAGCGGAACGUGGGCGACGGAGUCGUAAGCGGAGUCGGAAGAAAAUGGAAACGUUCUGAUUCUUCUGACUCCGAUUCCGUCGCCCUUAUGACUCCGCUUACGACUCCGAUUUUUGAUUUUCACUAGGUCAUAAGCGCUCUUACGACUCCGCUUACGACUCCGACUUCGACUCCGUCGCUAGUGAAAACCAGCCUUAACCCUUCUACGUACCACUUCUGGAAGGUGCAAAUGUCGGGGCAAUGAAAAUAUUUUAUCUUUCAACGUUAUUAUCAACUGGUCACAUUCCGGUUUCCUUCGCUCAUAAUGAAAGAAUUUCUGGUGUUUUUAGUGAUAUUUUUUGUGUGGGGUGGGUAAGAUAGGACAGUUUAAUGCGAAAUUCCUUUUUUAUUUUUAUUGUCAUACCUUGCCUAAUCCAUGUAGCGUAGAAUUGGCUUUUGUCUUUUUUCUAUCUAGUUGAAAUCCCGCCAUGAUCGCUAGCUGGAUUUGUUCGGUGUAGCCCCGAUUUUAGCCUGUACACAGACGUUGUUUUAUUUUUCUUAUCGUUCUUUUGGAAAACAUCGGCGUGCGCGAGAGUGAGCGCCCACCACUACCCCUUUGCGCUGGCGGUCAAUAAAUCCCCUGCAGUUUAUUUUUUAUCACGCGCGUUCGACGGACUUUGAAGAGAAAAUAGAGGGUAAAUAGGGUCUGUGAACAGGCUACCCCGAUUUCAAAUCAAAAAAUGAGAAGCGAAGGACUUUGAGAAAGUCUAGACCUGACCGUACAUAACCUAUCAUUUUGAACUUACUGACCAAUCACGGAAACAUCGCAUUAAUUUAUUCAGUCACAAUUUGUGAACUAAAAGCAAAUGAUUGUGCACGGUCAGGGAGCUUCCAACAUAAGCUACAGCACGUUUGUUUUCAUCUUUUAAUGUUUGCCGGCUUUCAUUAAGAGAACGCCAGUCCCCUCUACUAACUAUGAGCUACUAUGGAUUGGCUUACAUCAGAAAUUCAUAAGGGUUACACUUUUCAAAGAACCUUGUUUUCGGAGGGUCUUAUAUGCGGCACGGAGGAACUUGGAGGGAGUUGUUUCGGCAAUUUUGCAAUGUUCAAAUCAUUACAUUGGAUAUGAUAAGAGAAGACAAGAACUUUAUGAUAGUCAGUGGUGUAUGCACUAGCGGCCGGGAUACCCAGUUCUACAUUGAAAUCAAGGGGCAAUUAAAAGUAGAAUGUAACAAAAAAUUAGAAGAUAAUAAAUAAAUAAAUAAAUAAAUAAAUAAUAGAUAAAUCGUAUUUAACUUUCUUGUUCUCUCUAUAUAUCCUAGCUCUGGUUUCAUUCAAAAAAGUUUGCUUUUGCCUAAGAUGUGUACUAAACGUUUACACGCAGAUUCAUUCGCGCGAGCGUUACCGUACACGAAAUACAGACCGCCUGGUCCUGGGCCCUAAAAACAAAAUGGCAGUCGAGCCGUGACAUUUAUUGUUGUGAUUUCUUGUCCAAGAUCUGGUCCAAGAUGAAAGGCUCCCACGGUAUUCAAGAAGCCCGAAUAGCAAGAAAGCUCGAACUCGAAAAACAACGGGAAGAAAUUCUUCUGGAAAGGGCAAGGUUGUUGUCAUUAAAGAAUGAGCUUAAAGGCGGGCGAGAAUCAAACGUUUCGGAAGCCUCAACGACUCCAUCCAGACUAAGCGAGGCGAUUGAAAGGACGAAGAACAGGGUCCCGGACUUUGAAAGGAAAGUUCAAACACUGAGAGAAGAGAGCCAAGCACGAGCGGAUUUACUGAAAAAACCGUAUAAUGGUGAGCUUGGUAUAGGUUCUUAUGAGCCAUGGCAGUUAGAGGAUGUGUAUUUUGUUCGCGAGUUUUUAGCCUCCUGGAUGGACGAGGUUCUGGAUUUUGUUGUACGAGACCACCCCAGAAAUAUAACAGAACGUGAAGCAACGAAGAUUGCUGAAAAGUUUUUCGAGGAGCUUGAAUUGGACAGGAAAAGUGAUGAAAUUGUCCAGCUGAGUUUAGACAUUGAACGAAGUAUUUUGAAUGACGUUAUCUAUGAGGCUGCCAAGGAAACGGCUAAUGAAAUCAUGGCAUUUUCUUCCCAAACUCGUCAUAUGCUUGAUGACGUACUUUUGGAUUCAUUGGAUCUGUAUUCUCAACCAUAUGGUCAGAAUAAAGCUGCAUUACUCAGCAGUGCUUUAGCUCAAAUGAAGAAAGAAGCACAAAGAAAGGCAAGUGCUUGGUCUCAUAGUCAAAUCUUCCAUACAAGAGACAGCUCACUAGGUUCCCAGGAGGAAAGAACCGAGGAAGAAGGAGACUCUUUUGAUGGUACUGUUUUGUACUUUCAUAAUUUAACUCCUUUCAGUAAUAUUCCAGAUUCAGACAUGUUAGCAGAGCAAGUGAACUUCCGAAAUGAGGAGUCUGACUUUUGGAUGGGUUAUGGCAUUGAUCUCUCUAUUCUUCCAUUACCAAGACGAUACAGAGGUGUUUCAUGCAGUGCAGUGUCGCCAAAUGACUCCCUUGUUGCUCUAGGGACUGUUCAAGGGGAUAUUGUUGUAUGGGAUUUGUCAACCUAUCCACCACGAAUAUUGAGAACCAGUCGUGGAAGAAGUUCUGUUAUCAUUCAGCUCCAGUGGUCUUUGGACUCUUUACAAGUUGUCAGUCUUAAUGAACAUGGAAACAUCAGCAUUUGGUUGCUAGGUGACACCACAUCUGUGCUCUAUGAUGUUAAGGCAUUUGAGCCUGUCGAAAAGGAUCUUGGUUUCAAAUCUUCCACCUUGAUGCCCUUGCUUACUCUUGAAUUGAAUGACCUCUUUUUCACACAAGGUCCUUUUUCAGAAUCCAGAGAUUUGAUAAGCAAGGCCACUGCAAUAGCUUUUCACCCCUCUGUCUCACUUCUUGGAAAGCAAAGCUUUUUGAUGGUAGGUCUAAACAAUGGCAACAUUUUACGACUCAAGUUCAGGAAUUCCCCCUCAAUAAUGUCCGUAGCACAAGUUCAGCCCCUUAAUGGUUCAUCUCAUAAGGUUGGGAAUAAUAUUGAAGCAGAAUUAUUCAAAUCACAUCACCACCGCAUUGUUCUGAUAAGUUUUGUUAACAGUACUUCUCCCAUGGUAACAGUAGAUGGUAUGGGAUUUAUUAACCUGUGGGAAUAUUCCAGCGAGUCUUUAACAGGAUUUGGCUGGUUUGUUCCAAGUAUCAAGUACAGAUUGAACAUGUCAGAAGUGACUUAUGAACCUGUUCUGGGAGCACAGCAGAAGGUUGAGUUCACAGAUGUUAUAAAGGGACCAAGUCGAAAGCACCACCGCCUCAGGUAAUAUGGUUGCUACAGUCUUACCAAGAAAAUAGCUUUACACACAUUAAAGCCAUAUUUAAGUGGAUUACUAAGUGAUCCACUCAAAUAUGGCUUUAAUGUGUGUAAAGCUAUUUUUGUGCCAGGAGUGGAGCCUUUAAAAAGUCUUUUUAAAGGUUCCACUCGUGGCACAGCUUCUUUCCUGCAAACUUGUAAGCAUGUCACUUAAAUAGUACCAAUUGUGAGAAAUAAUCUGCAAUGGCAUUUUAAUAAACAUCUAAAAGGUUAAUAGCAUUGCAAAUGGGUAUCCUUGAGCCCCGACUGCUCUUGUGGAUGAAUCUAAAAAUCUCCAAGGACAAUCGUGAACUUAAACAUGUGAUCACUUUAUCAUAUGAUUUUUCUUUCUUUUAAGGCAAGAGAUGAUGCAAAACCGGCAAAAGGUGCAGAAGCACAUAGACUCUCUUCAUUUGGGGAAACCAUGGAAGACAGUGGAGGUGGAUGAUAAAGUUACCCACAUUAAUGCACCAAAGAUUGUCCCAAAUGCUGGUGCCCCCUUUCAUUGUAUUACUUACUAUGCUGAUUCAGGAGUAUUAGCACUCUAUGCCACACAGCUGUUCAAGCCUGUUGACAGCCCAUGUUCAAGGUUUGUCUCUUGCAAGACAAACUUGAAUGGAACUAAGCUUGUUUUCAUGUUUCUGUUUCCUAAAGUGGAUCCAGCUGAGGCCCAUGUGUCAUUUGUCAUCGUUGAUUUGGAUCCCACAGUGACAGUCAAUAAGAAUUGCAUACAAAUUACUGUUGACAGGAGUGACUAUGUGAGGUGCUUGCGUAACAAUGCAUGCUCCUUUGGGCUCUCACGGCCUAUCUAUGUUACAGGAAGUGAAUACAUUGUGGCAAAUUUAAAUGGCAAUCUGAAAGCAGUUUCCAUGACAACAGGAAAUAUGGUCAUGGCAGAUUCCCAGCCUGGAUGGGUGGGGUGCCAUCUUAAUUUAAAGAAAGGUCAGAUAUCACCUUCAUCAAACCUGCAAGUGGCUAGCACAUGCAAAGGAUUACAGAUAUUGCUGUAUGCACAGCGGCAAAAUUCUGCAAUCUUAUUACAGUUGAAUGAUGGAAACUUGCGAGAAAAGAGAUUGAAAACCUUCAGAGCCUUUCAAAAGUGGACUCACAGCAUAGACAGAGAUGGUGAAAUGAAAGUGUCAAUGCUACAGUCAGUAAGGCGACUUUGUUGGACUUUUGAUGGGCAUUUGGAUGUACAUGUUGAAUGCUUUAUGGAGUCACUGGUGAGAGAGCUAAUUGACAUUGCUAUCCAGUCUGUUGAUGGUGCUUUCACUGAGGAUCAAAGACAGACUUUUCAUACCGAAAACAUGGAGAUACCCUUUUUAAGGAGGAUAUCUCAACCUGCAGAGGACAAAGAAGAAGGAAGGGUAUCAGACUAUAAUUCUGAACUGGUUUCUUGAAUCUGGCCACUAGGAGAAAGUGGAUAUGAAUUUUCCAUGUAACAACCUGUUAGGGAGAAAUUUCAAGACUCUCUGAUCUGCGGUCAAAGCUUUAGCCUUCCACGCCGAUGUUCCUAGGGCUUCGUCAUGCGUUCCUUUACAAUGCAGGAACGCGUGAUGAA